CAAGGGUAUAGGGAAUAUUUCCCGGCUCUACGUACAUAAUUUUAGAUCGCCCGCGUGAACACCCGAAUAUCCCGCCACGAGUAAUCGCUUUCCAUGUAUAUUACGAGCCCAUGCUUACAAUGUGCUUUUAUCGCUUGUUUAUAGCCAAUGGACUGUUGGCCGAAUAACGAGCGUAUCUACACGGUGUAAUACCCGGAUUCAACUUUGCGUUCACAUACAUGACAACACCUUUUCGGUCAUUGUUUCGCUGUGAUAAAAAUAAACAAAACAUGGAAGAAUGGUUGAAUGCACAAAAAAUACAGAUGGAAAAGGAUCCCCAGGAUAAUCCUGGAACUGCCGAAUUAAUAGGAAUUAAUAUUCAUCAGUGGUAUGCAACUAAUCAUGCUAGACCUAUGUAUUGUAAUGUCUGCAGAGAUGCUCUGUAUGGUGUUACUUCCCAUGGUUUAAGUUGCGAAGUCUGUAAAUACAAAAUACACAAGAGAUGUAGUGCAAAAGCAAUAAACAAUUGCAAGUGGACCACCCUAGCAUCUAUUGGAAGAGAUAUCAUUGAGGACCAAGAUGGAAACAUCACGAUGCCACAUCAGUGGAUGGAAGGAAACUUGUCAGUGUCCUCAAAAUGUUUUGUCUGUGAAAAGACAUGUGGCUCUGUACUUAGACUUCAGGAUUGGCGGUGUUUAUGGUGUAGAGCAACUGUACACACAGCAUGCAGACCUGCCAUAAGUAUUAAAUGUCCGCUAGGACCAGUAAAACUUAGUGUAGUUCCUCCCACGGCUUUGUAUUUAGGUAGUGAUGAUGCCUGGGAAGUUGUUAGACCUACAGGGUGCAGUCCACUUUUAGUAUACGUAAAUAGUAAAUCUGGUGACAAUCAAGGUGUUAAGUUUCUUAGGAGGUUUAAACAGUUACUAAAUCCCGCACAAGUAUUCGAUCUUAUAAAAGGAGGACCAGGUCCAGGAUUAAGAUUGUUCCGUCACUUUAAUCCGUUCCGGAUUCUAGUAUGCAGUGGAGAUGGAUCCGUGGGAUGGGUACUUUCAGAAAUUGAUCGACUUGGAAUGAAUAAGCAAUGUCAGGUUGGAGUAUUACCUUUAGGAACAGGAAAUGACUUAGCACGUGUAUUAGGCUGGGGGUCGUCGUGCGAUGAUGACACGCACUUACCUCAAUUAUUAGAAAAAUAUGAAAAAGCAGGUACAAAGAUGCUAGAUCGAUGGAGUAUUAUGACAUUUGAACGUAUGUCUCUGACAACUUGCAAAACCAGUUUACAUCAAGAUGAUUACUCUAGAAAACCGAGCGUAGCUCAUCAGUAUGAGGACAGUGUUCUUGCUCAUAUAACAAAUAUUUUGCAAUCUGAUGAAGAAUCCGUAAUUAUAUCUAGUGCCAAAGUUUUAUGUGAAACAGUAAAAGAUUUCGCAUCACAUAUACUGAAAGUCAGUCUAAACACAGGGGACCAAGAUUUGAGAGAAAAAUGUGAAGUACUUCAGCAGAAGCUUGAACUAUUAGUACAGACAUUAUCAAAGGAAGAGAGUUAUUUCUCUGAUAACACAGAAGAUACUGAUACUUUAAAACUUGAAGCUUUGAGUAGUAACCAAGACGACGAUAAUUUAGAAAAACCAUUAAAAGAUAUAACAAAUGUAAAAAGAGGUACAAAAAAGCGUUAUAUAGAAAGAGAUACAGUAAUGUCUAGAGCAAAUAGCUUGAAGAGAGCUAUUAGGAGAUUAGUAGAACAUACAGAAGUGACCAUCGACGAACAAAACAACUCAUCGGAUGAAAAGCAAAGUAGUAAGAUGCCAAACAUCACCAUAACAUCCGAUUCUUCGAUAAAUACUGCGACAAAUAAAAAACAGCAAUUGGAUAUUCGCAGCUUAUUACAAACAGACCAAGUUGACAACAUUAGUUUAAUGCCAACUAUAGAAUCAGGUAGCAGCGUCGAGAUUUCACCUUGUCCAAGUCCUACUCCUAAUGUCGCGCGUUUGAGUCCAAUGCCGGACUUACGAAGAGAUUCACAAGCUGAGGAACUACUAACUCUACCCGCACCUGACGGAUUCGCUGACAGUAGGCGAAACAGUGAAAACAUUUUACGAAGUACUUUCAGUUUUGAUGUGCCCAUAAUACAAACUACCGGUCAGCAAGAAAUACAAGCAGCUACUAAAGACAAUGUUUUGUUAUUCGAACCUACACAGAUAGAAUCUUCUGAUAUUCCAAUAACCGUCACAAAGACUAUAGAUACAAGUACACCAUCAGAUGACGCAACCAUGCAAGACGCAAUUAUUUCUCCUGAUACAGAUUCAAUUCAUUCUAGAAAUAUCUCGCUAGAACAAACGUACAGGUCGACAGCAUUUAAAUGUACUGAACCUAGAGGUAGCUGUACUAACAGCAUUAUUAGUACAGACAGUAUGGUUUCUGAAACCUUGGAUUCUAAAAGUUAUACCGUUCGUAAUAGCGAAAGUGAAAUUGAAAAUAUAGACAGCGAUAUCUUUGAUUCUACGAAGAGAUCCGAGAGCUCGGAAAUCGGUCAUAUCGAUUCGCCAGACAAUUCGGAUAUGCUUUUGAGUGAAGCGCAAUAUUCAGAAAGCGGCUUAGAAGAUUUGAGUUCCCUCAGACAGGAUGUAAUUAGUGCUAUAAUGGGCGAGAAAUAUGAUUCUGUUAGAGAAGGUUUAGAAAUGGAGGAACCGCAAAAAUCUUUUGGUUUAGCUCAUUUUGAUGCAAUGAAUGAUAUUGCGAGAAAAUCUUUCAAGAGAAAAAAUAUAAGAACGGAGGAAAUGGUAAAUAAAUAUAAAACUGACGGUUUUACAACAUGUGUACGUCUAUCGGGAAUGAAGUCGGAACCUGUGGAAACAAAUAUAAUUUCUGAAGCUAGGUUUGAAAAUAUUGAGAAAGAAAAAGUAUCGACUUUGUUAAGUCCUGUGUGCUGCUUCACCGUCACAUCGGAUAAAACACAGCUGGAGGAAAAAUGUUCGGCGAUUUUUCCACCGCAGAUUAGUGUUAUCAUCGAUCCACCAAGCCCAUCUUUGUCAAUUGAAAGUCAUCAUAAACUUAACUUAGAUUACAGACUAGAUCCUCAUAAUAAACAAUACUGUAGCGGCGAUAGUAUGGAAAGAUUAAGCGUGGAGUUGCCCGACACGGGCUUUUCUCCGCAAGGCACACGGCGUAUCAGUAGCAGCAGUUUGUUGAAGGAGGUUGUGUCGUUGGCAGCAAGCACCGCUCGUCUAGGUGGUUCAAGUGUUAGCUUACGCUCCGGUCGAGAAAGAUCGAAAUCUAUGGAAAAAACAGAGAAAAAACUUCCAAUAAUAAAUCCUUUAGUCCGAUUGCCUAUGUGGCCACAUGUAAGUGUUGGAGUUGGUCUUGUUAGUCAAGCGUUACUGGCAAAUGCAGAUGCUCUGUGCGCGGCAGUAUCGCCAUUAAUGGACCCGGACGAAUCAUUAAUGGAAGGUUACUACGAACGAUGCGUCAUGAAUAAUUAUUUUGGAAUCGGCAUAGACGCAAAAAUUACUCUCGACUUUCAUAAUAAAAGAGAAGAACAUCCCGAAAAAUGUCGAUCUCGAGCUAAGAAUUAUAUGUGGUACGGCGUCUUGGGAUCUAAGGAAUGGUUGCAAAAGACUUAUAAAAAUCUUGAACAAAGAGUUCAGCUAGAAUGUGACGGUCAAAGAAUACCAUUGCCUUCUUUACAAGGAAUUGUUGUAUUAAAUAUACCAAGUUUUAUGGGUGGUACGAACUUUUGGGGUGGUUCAAAGGAAGGAGAUAUAUUUCUAGCACCAUCAUUUGAUGAUCGCAUUUUGGAAGUGGUGGCGGUUUUUGGAUCUGUUCAGAUGGCUGCUUCACGACUCAUUAAUCUACAGCAUCACAGGAUAGCUCAAUGUCAGACUGUUCAGAUUAAUAUCUUGGGAGAAGAAGGUGUUCCUGUACAGGUUGAUGGUGAAGCUUGGAUUCAACCACCUGGCAUUAUAAGAAUUAUACAUAAGAAUCGCAUGCAGAUGCUUUAUAGAAAUAGAGCGCUUGAAACUUCGCUGAGAACGUGGGAAGAAAAGCAACGUAACUCAAUAACCACUGUACCUCAAUCUUCUUCCACUAUAUUACAGUCACAACCUAAAGCACAGUUGCAAAUAUGUAAUAAGCCUUCUCAGCUGAACGAUGAGGAGCUUAAUAUUCUACUUAAUUUCAUUGAGGCGGUAACGACUUUGGUAAAGUGGGUAAAAUUGCUAAUUAUAUCAAAUCCAAGUCUAGAACCAGAUCUGUAUCAAAUUGCUUCGCGAACAGCAAAUGCUCUUGAACAAGUGCAUCCAGACGGGAAAAUCUUAGAAGGGAUAAGUUUAAGACCUGUGGUAACCGAAUUGGUAUCAAGCGCACGACAAUUAUAUGAAGAAUCUUGUGAGCUGCUUCGCAAUAAAGCUCAUAACUUGAAAUUACGAGAGGAUCUGGAAAACAAGCUGUCCCUGUCUCUAGCUAGCAUGGAACAAGAAUUACGAAAGUGUAUCUUUGACGUAGGAGGUACAGAAUUGGUUUAUUUGCAAAAUGUUCCCGCAGAUGAUCAGAGCGAUAAAAAAAAUCGUCAUCGAGGGUUGUUCUGGUUAAAGUUUCGUCGAUUUGCCGGCCAAUCGAGCGGUACAGGAAAUCUGGCGCGUGAUCAAGUGACCACAUGGAGCGUGCAGGAAGUGUGCACUUGGUUGGAGAAUCUGCAGUUAGGAGAAUACGCCGACAAAUUCGUGUCUCAUGAUAUACGCGGUAGAGAGCUGUUAACUCUAGCUCGUCGAGAUCUAAAAGAGCUAGGCAUCACCAAGGUGGGACAUGUAAAACGCAUCUUACAAGCCAUCAACGACCUCAACAAUUGAGCUACAUGUCGCGUUCAUGUAGAAAUGUUAGGUUCGUAUCUCUGCGAAACAAGGAAUACGAUAUUAUAUAAUUAUUAGUAUUUACCAGUAUAAGUAUGAUUAAUUUUUGACUCUCUUUCAAAGAUAUUACAUUGUAUAAAUUACAAUUUAAUGUAAUAUUGUUCUGCGCAUAGCACUGCAUUACAUUAAUGCAACAACAUAAUCUUUUAAAACGAUGUCUUGUUACACAACAUAUAAUGACACAAAUCUCAAGCGCAUAAAAAAAGAACAUACAUACGUAAUUGUUAAAUUUGGAAGUCACUUUCAUGUUUCUUGAAUUAAAGAUAAAAACAUAAUAAUGCAAUGCAAUUAAAGUGCAUGACAUUCACAAACAUAUACUGAUGUAAACUGUAUACUCACAUAUGUUCUCUCUAUUUGAACAUACAAAAUUAGUAUAAAUCUGAAAUAAAUACUUUCCUUUCUUUUCAAACAUAUAUUAAAAUAAAAAGAAAUUGUUUUAAAAUUACACAUAACUUUCGUGAUUAUGUACAUUCUGAGUACUGUAUAAAAGUCAAAGGUAAGGUUAUUAUAGUUGUACUAUCAUAGCUUGACAAAUUACAUAUUAUCUCCCCUUACGGAAAAAACGUUCAACUGAUUGACCUUAACGUACGAAAUCACAUUCAACUUGACCGUAAACGCUCAAAAUUGAACGUAUAACGCUGAAUAUUGAAAGUUUAUAGUCAAGUUGAACGUGAUUUCGUACGUUACGGUCAAUAGUUGAACGUUUUUUCCGUAAGAGAUCUCUCAGAGAAGUUACACACAUUUGUUUCUUUUCUCUAAUAAUAAAACUUAUGAGGUCUUUCUUUCCCUCUUUCUGUGCACACGCUAU